AUGCUCAUCCAUGAGAUCACCGGGUGCGCACUGUCCAUGUCGGAAGAGGAACUUCCCGACUGGGGCCACAGAAACGGCGAGGUACUGUGUGCUCCGGUUGGCCAGAGACGCAUGGACCUGCAGACAUUCACACUAGACGAUUUUGUCCGAGAACGCGGCAAAGAGGUGAACCUAAAGCCGCCGGUUAAGGACCGCAGCGGUCUGUGGACAUCCAUUAAGGACGUGUGGCAGAUCCAGAAGAUUGCCUGGGAGGCAAACAUGCGGUUGACUGGAUCGCACCCCUACGAGUCCAGGCCCCACGCCUGGCCCACACUCAUGGGAGGGGUAUCCUACUGGCAAAACCGGGACAAAAUGACGCAAAUCUACCUACUCGGCAACCCAGCCAUCUUCUACUCAGUGCUGCUGGCACCGAUAGUGUACGUGCUGUGGCUGUGCGUGUGGGCGAUCAGGCGCAAACGAGGGUUUGUGGAUAUGGAUGGGGAGAAGGAGAGGAAGUUCUUGAUGGCCGCGUUCCUGUGGCUCGGUUGGGCUCUGCACUACGUACCCUUUUACUUCAUGCACAGGCAACUGUUCUUCCAUCACUAUCUGCCAGCUCACUACUUCAUGAUCCUGGCCUUUGGGGCUUUCAUGGACAUAUUCCUGGGGGUAUUCCGGUCGGCGCGUGUGCGUGUGGCGGCGGUUGCGCUUCUGCUGUGUGCGUACGCAUGGUACUUUCAUCUCUUUGCAUCGCUCGUGUAUGGCAAUGUGGACAGGAGCGUGAACGACCGUAGGUGGCAGAAGAAAUGGAAUUACAUAUAAAGCUACGAGUCGUACGAAUGUGC